GCCCGCGCAGGCGUCGACCCCGGCGGGCUCCCUCCCCGGCAGCUCGCCGCCGCCCGCAACGAGCGAUUUUGAGGAGGACGACGUCAUUGGACUCGGCGACGGUGACCUCGAGGACGAGGAGGAGGAGGGCGAGGACCUUUUCGACGACGCCAUGGGCAACGACUACAUCGAGAACCGCAAGCUCGACGCGUACGACGCGACGGGCCUCAACGACGACGAGGACUUCUCGGACGACGCCGACGCUCGCCGCGCUGCCGAGGAGCGCAUGGACCGCCGCGACCGGAGACAGCUUCGUGCGGCGGGUGCGGCGGGCGAGCGCAGGCGCGCGCGGAUGCCGGGCUUCCUCGCGAGCGAGGAGGAGGACAGCGAGGACGAGGGUCAGCUGCUCGGUCGCAGGAGGGUGCGCCGGCUAUACGACGAGCCUUACGGCGAUGACGACGCGGGCUUUGACGAGGAGAUGCCGAUCGAGCAGCUGUCCGACAUCCGAGCCGACUCGCUCGCCCAGUGGAUCGAGGAGCCUCGCACGCGCAAGACGAUCAUGCGCGAGUUCAAGAACUUCCUGCUCACGUACACGGACGACAACAACGAGUCGGUCUACGGUUCCCGCAUCACCCAGCUCGGCCAGCUCAACUCGGAGUCGCUCGAGGUGUCGUUCCUGCACUUGACCGACUCGAAGGCGAUCCUCGCCUACUUCCUCGCCAACUGCCCGUCGGCCAUGCUCCCCAUCUUCGACGAGGUCGCGCUCGACGUCAUCCUCCUCGCCUUCCCGCACUACAUGCGCAUCCACGCCGAGGUGCACGUGCGCAUCACCGAGCUCCCGACAUCGUACACUCUGCGCGACCUGCGCCAGAGCCACCUCGACGCGCUCGUGCGCGUGUCGGGCGUCGUCACGCGCCGCUCGGGCGUGUUCCCGCAGCUCAAGUACGUCAAGUUCGACUGCAACAAGUGCGGCGAGGUCCUCGGCCCGUUCUACCAGGAGGCGGCGAGCGAGAUCCGCAUCAGCUUCUGCAGCACGUGCAACAGCAAGGGCCCGUUCACGGUCAACUCGGAGCAGACCGUGUACCGCAACUACCAGAAGCUCACGCUGCAAGAGUCGCCUGGGUCCGUCCCUGCCGGUCGCCUGCCCCGUCAUCGUGAGGUCAUCCUCCUGUGGGACCUCAUCGACUCGGCCAAGCCCGGCGACGAGGUCGAGGUGACGGGCAUCUACCGCAACAACUUCGACACGUCGCUCAACGUCAAGAACGGCUUCCCCGUCUUCUCGACCGUGCUCGAGGCCAACCACGUCAACAAGAAGGAGGACCUGUUCGCGUCGUUCCGCCUCACCGAGGACGACGAGAAGGCGAUCCGGGCCUUGGCUCGCGACGAGCGCAUCGGCAAGCGCAUCAUCAAGUCGAUGGCGCCCUCGAUCUACGGCCACGACGACAUCAAAACGGCCGUCGCCCUGUCGCUGUUCGGCGGCGUCCCCAAGGACAUCAACCGCAAGCACCGCAUCCGAGGCGACAUCAACGUGCUCCUCCUCGGCGACCCGGGUACGGCCAAGUCGCAGUUCCUCAAGUACGUCGAGAAGACCGCCAACCGCGCCGUGUUUGCGACGGGCCAGGGCGCGAGCGCGGUCGGCCUGACGGCGAGCGUGCGCAAGGACCCCGUCACGCGCGAGUGGACCCUCGAGGGCGGCGCGCUCGUCCUCGCCGACAAGGGCGUGUGCCUCAUCGACGAGUUUGACAAGAUGAACGACGCCGACCGAACCUCGAUCCACGAGGCCAUGGAGCAGCAGUCGAUCUCGAUCUCGAAGGCGGGCAUCGUCACGACGCUGCAGGCCCGCUGCGCCAUCGUCGCCGCCGCCAACCCGAUCCGCGGGCGGUACAACCCGACGAUCCCGUUCAGCCAGAACGUCGAGCUCACCGAGCCCAUCCUGUCGCGGUUCGACAUCCUGUGCGUCGUCAAGGACGAGGCCGACCCGAGCAUCGACGAGAUGCUGGCCAACUUUGUCGUCGGCAGCCACCUGCGCAGCCACCCCAACUUUGACGCCGACACGGACGAGGUCAACGCGAGCGGCCUUCUCGACGCCGACCUCAUCCCGCAAGACCUCCUGCGCAAGUACAUCCAGUACGCCCGCGACCGCGUCAAGCCGGCGCUGCAGAUGAUGGACCAGGAGAAGAUCUCGCGCCUGUACUCGGAGCUGCGCCGCGAGUCGCUGUCGACGGGCUCGUACCCGAUCACGGUCCGCCACCUCGAGUCGAUGAUCCGCAUGGCCGAGGCGAGCGCCAAGAUGCACCUGCGCGAGUACGUCCGCAGCGACGACAUCGACCUCGCCAUCCAGGUCAUGGUCGGCAGCUUCGUGUCGGCGCAGAAGUCGAGCAUCAAGAAGCAGUUGCAGCGGGGCUUCCGCAAGUACCUGCGCGUCGCCAAGGACAACGACGAGGUCCUCGCGUUCCUCCUCGGCAACCUCGUCAAGGACCGCGUCCGGUACCUCACGGUCAAGAACGGCGCUCAGCCGGACAGCGUCUCGGUCCGGGUCGAGGAGCUGUCGCGCAAGGCGGCCGAGAUCGACAUCCACGACGUGCAGCCGUUCUUCUCGUCGCCGUUGUUCGUCAAGGUGCACCGGUACCAGCGCAAGGGCGACUCGAUCGUCAAGUCGUUCGUCUAGCCGAGCACGCCUCCCUCUCUCUCUCGUUGUCCUCGGUCGUCUCUGCGGGUCUGUAGCUCUCCCCCUCCCCC